CAAUCCUCUCGCUCCAUCUUCUUCUUCACUCCCUCUCUCUCUCUCUCUCUCUCUCUCUCUCUCUCUCUCUCUCUCUGUCUUUUCUUCUCCAUCUGAAAAGAUCAAGAAAGGUGAUCUACAUCCUGUAGCUGCUGCGAAAAAGAUGCCAGAAUUAAUCAGCAUCACAUCUGUGCUACACCAAGUAUUUUACUUUACGCGACUGAUAGUUACAGAAGCAAUCACUCACCUGAAUCUACUACUCAAGCCACCAGCAGAACAAGAUGAUUCGGAGGAGCUCUCAGCCAGCUAUGUCUUCGUCGUGGAAGGUCCAUGUCCGUCGGUAAUAACAGUCCCUAUUCAGGAGCUAAUGGAAUUAAUCAAGAACGAGCUUCCGGUUGUUGAGUACAGCAGUUACAGACAAAGAUUUAGACCUCGGCAUGAAGAAGAAGAAGAAGAAGAAGAAGAUAUGGGAUGUAGAGUCUGUCUAAGUGAAAUCCAGAAAAGCCAAGAGAUUAGAGAGCUGGUUAAUUGCUGCCAUGUCUUCCACAGAGGCUGUCUGGAUACCUGGGUGGAUCAGGGGCAGGUCACAUGCCCCUUGUGUAGAUCCAUGCUGUUCCCUGCUAAAGGCCAAUUUAGCCGGAUCCACCAUUGAUGCCUGCCUAGUUUUCUGAAAUGCACGACUUGUACCAUUUAACAUUUUCCAUGUAAAUUUACAUCUUUUUUCCAGUUCAUGCAAUGCUACCACAUACUGCUUCAUGAAA